CGGCGGGAACGAGCGGAGAGAGAGCACCGAGUGACCGGAGAGCGACCGCAGGGACCGGGCCCGCCGCGUCCCCACGCCCGGCAGCACCGCCAUGUCCACCGCCAUGAACUUCAGCAGCAAGAGCUUCACGCCGCGGCCGCCGGACAAGGGCGCGUUCCCGCUGGAUCACUUCGGGGAGUGCAGCGCCUUCAAGGAGCGGUUCAUGGAGUGUCUCCGGCAGAGCGGCUACGAGAGCGCGGCGUGCCGGCAGAGCGCCAUGGCGUACCUGGAGUGCCGCAUGGACAGGCAACUUAUGGCUAAUGAACCACUGGAAAAAUUGGGAUUUAAAGACCUGAUAAAUGAGAAAUCAGAAGAAAAACCAAAGAAGUCGUGAUGAAGACAGACGACUUUGCUCCUUAUGAAGGGAAAGCAUAACUCUGAAUGUAGUACAUAUUGUACAUUUUGUUCAUAUUGCAAUAGGAAGUGUUUCCUGAAAGAACCUUUUUUCCAAAGUUUAAUUGUCCUAAAAUAAGAUUUUUCUUUAAAUGAGCAAAAGUACUGCCUUUGUCUGCUUUGCCCAAGUAUUUCUUAACUUCUUUGUUUUAAUUUCUCUAGAGGCAAAACAGUUACAGCCAAAGUGUUCUCCCUGUCUCUGUAAGAACAGUGAAGUCUUGUUUUAAGGGGACAAAAACCCAAACCAAACAAUCCUUUAUUGUGUAGCUCUUGAACUACUGAUUAAUCUUCUGUGGGCAGUACUGAUAUGCUCACUGCAGUUACUUGCCAGGUGGAAAUAAAGCUGUUGUGCUUAAAAA